AUGGCAGAUAAUACAUCUACAUCAAGUUUAUCAUCUAGAUCUAAUGUAUCACUUGGUGGAAGACCUCCUGCGGAGGUUUGGAAACAUUUUAUUAAAGGAGACGAAAUUGGUCCUGGAAAAUAUACUGCAGCUUGUAGUUAUUGCAAUGAAUUUUUUUCUCUUGGAAUGCCUUAUAAAAUGAAGAGCCAUUUAUCUAACCAUUGUCCAACAUGUCCUCGAGAAGUCAGGCGUUUUUAUCUUAAUAAGAUAUCUACUCUAAAUAAGCCAACAAAUAAAAAAGAAUUGAACAACCUUGAUACUACACAAAUGACUUUAUCAAAAUUUUAUGAAAAUAUUGUAAUAUAA